GGAGUGGGCCGGCCCUAUGGGAUGGGGACACGCCCAGGAGCUCUUGGGAGGGGAGGCGAGGAGUGUGGCACUUUGGCGGGGAAGGGGCGGCUCAGCCCGAGGGCCCUCGCCCGCCCUCUCCGGGUCUGGCGCGUCUCCUCGCGCCAUCCCUGCACCGCCAGGGGGAACGUGCCCAUCGCAGCCGAGGCCAGAGGGUCCCCCGUCCAGCAGAGACUGGAACCCUGGUCUCUGGCCACCGCCCCCAUCCCUCCCCCAGCUCCUAACGCCUUCUCUUCUGUGCCCCCAUCUCCAGAGGAGGCUGCGGAGGAGGAGGAGGAAGAAGAGGAACGCCCCAAACCAAGCCGCCCCGUGGUGCCUCCUUUGAUCCCGCCAAAGAUCCCAGAAGGGGAGCGCGUUGACUUCGAUGACAUCCACCGCAAGCGCAUGGAGAAAGACCUGCUGGAGCUGCAGACACUCAUCGAUGUACAUUUCGAGCAGCGGAAGAAGGAGGAAGAGGAGCUGGUUGCCUUGAAGGAGCGCAUUGAGCGGCGCCGGUCAGAGAGAGCCGAGCAACAGCGCUUCAGAACUGAGAAGGAACGCGAACGUCAGGCUAAGCUGGCGGAGGAGAAGAUGAGGAAGGAAGAGGAAGAGGCCAAGAAGCGGGCAGAGGAUGAUGCCAAGAAAAAGAAGGUGCUGUCCAACAUGGGGGCCCAUUUUGGCGGCUACCUGGUCAAGGCAGAACAGAAGCGUGGUAAGCGGCAGACGGGGCGGGAGAUGAAGGUGCGCAUCCUCUCUGAGCGUAAGAAGCCUCUGGAAAUUGACUACAUGGGGGAGGAACAGCUCCGGGAGAAAGCCCAGGAGCUGUCGGACUGGAUCCACCAGCUGGAGUCUGAGAAGUUCGACCUGAUGGCGAAGCUGAAACAGCAGAAAUAUGAGAUCAACGUGCUGUACAACCGCAUCAGCCACGCCCAGAAGUUCCGGAAGGGGGCAGGGAAGGGCCGCGUUGGAGGCCGCUGGAAGUGAGGAUGCCGCCCCGGACAGUGGCACCCGCGAAGCCUGGGAGUGUUUGUCCCAUCAGUAGCUUGAAAUAAACGCUUCCCUCAGACA